AUGUCGGCGACGCUGAGCGUGGAUCCCGCGGGCCCCCGCGGCUGGGACGAGCCCGUGCGCAUCGCCGUGCGCGGCCUGGCCCCCGGGCAGCCCGUCACGCUGCGCGCGUCCCUGCGCGACGAGAAGGGCGCGCGCUUCCGCGCCCACGCGCGCUACCGCGCCGACGCCGGCGGCGAGCUGGACCUGGCGCGCGCGCCCGCGCUGGGCGGCAGCUUCGCGGGGCUCGAGCCCAUGGGGCUGCUCUGGGCGCUGGAGGCCGAGCGGCCCUCGUGGCGCCUGCUCAAGCGGGACGUGCGCACGCCCUUCGCCGUGGAGCUGGAGGCGCUGGACGGCCACGAGCCCGACGCCGGGCGGCCGCUGGCGCGCGCGGUGCUCGAGCGUCGCUUCCUGCCGCCCUGGGUGCGGCGGGUGCCGGUGCGCGCGGGCCGGGUGCGUGCCACGCUCUUCCUGCCGCCAGGACCUGGGCCCUUUCCUGGGAUCAUGGACCUUUAUGGAGUUGGAGGUAGACUAGUAGAAUAUCGGGCUAGUCUGCUGUCUGGAAAAGGCUUCGCUGUGAUGGCUCUGGCUUAUUACAACUAUGAUGACCUCCCCAAGAACAUGGACACCCUCCACCUGGAGUACUUUGAAGAAGCUGUGAGCUACCUACUUAACCACCCUGAGGUAAAGGGUCCCGGAAUUGGACUGCUUGGGAUUUCCAAAGGUGGAGAACUCUGCCUCUCCAUGGCCUCUUUCCUGAAGGGCAUCACAGCUGCUGUCAUUAUUAAUGGCUCAGUGGCCAAUAUUGGUGGAACCUUACACUACAAGGAUGAGACCCUGCCCCCUUUGGGCUUCAGCAGAGAUCGAAUCAAGGUGACCAAAGAUGGCUUUGCAGACAUUGUGGAUGUCCUGAACAACCCUUUGGAAGGACAUGACCAGAAAAGCUUCAUUCCCGUGGAGAGGUCCAACACUACCUUCCUGUUCCUUGUAGGGCAGGAUGACCGCAACUGGAAGAGCGAGUUCUAUGCCCACGAGGCCUCCAAGCGCCUGCAGGCCCACGGGAAGGAAAAGCCCCAGAUCAUCUGCUACCCGGGAGCGGGGCACAAUAUUGAACCCCCAUAUUUCCCUUGGUACCAGGGUACUGUGCAUGGCAUUUUGGGUAUUCCUGUCACCUGUGGAGGGGAGCCCAGGGCUCACGCCAUGGCCCAGGUCGAUGUGUGGCAACAACUCCAGAGUUUCUUCCACAAACACCUGGGUGGUAAAGGGGGGGAAAUCUCAGCAAAGCUAUAGUGUUUUUGUUUGUUUGCUUUUGAGGUAUGGUCUCACUGUAGCCCAGGCUGACCUGAAAUUCACUGUGUAGUCUCAGCGAUCCUCUUACCUCUGCCUCCCAAGGGCUGGGAUUAAAGGUGUGUGCUCCCAUGCCUGGCUAAGCUGUUGUGUUUUGGUUUUGCUUGUUCAUACUUUAUUGUGAAUAAUUCCACCAAGAGUAUUUGUGGUCUUACCUCUCUAGGGAAGACUCUUUUUAACAUACCUUGUCCUAUAGGCAAAUCCUUAAUUCAGCUACCACUUUUCUGGGAUUUUGUCUCUUUUCUCUAGACUGCUGUCCCCCUACCCACCAGAGGUAGGCAGUAGGGAGGCCCUAAGAGCAGAGGCCCAGCUGAGCCAGCUACCUACCUGCUCGUACCCAUAAGUA